AAGCCCGUGACUUUUAUUUUGAAACCCCAAACAUCCGGUUAUUCAUCACGUUCGAUGUUGCAUGGAAAUACUUUAUUUGGUUUCAGAGAUGUAACGUUAGACUACCAUCAUAUUUCUAUAGAAUUCAACCUGUGUACGUCAUAAUGUCAUCCCGUCCUUCAAAAUCAGCUCUACGUUUCGGCCAGGUUGUUAUUGGUCCACCUGGUUCAGGUAAGACCACUUAUUGUCAGGGCAUGCUGGAGUUUCUGAGUCACCUCGGGCGCAAGGUGAUCGUUGUUAACCUGGACCCUGCCAAUGAAGGAUUGCCAUAUUCAUGUGCUGUGGACAUAUCUGAACUGGUCACUCUUGACGAUGUGAUGGACGGUCUGAAACUUGGCCCUAAUGGCGGCCUCAUCUAUUGUAUGGAAUAUUUAGAGGCCAAUUUGGACUGGUUAGAAGAGAAGCUACAACACCAUCAAGACUGCUAUGUCCUUAUUGACUGCCCAGGACAGGUGGAACUUUACACUCAUCAUAAUUCAGUGAAGAAUAUAUUUGCACAGCUGUCCAAGUGGAAUUUUAGGCUGACUUCAGUGCACCUGGUGGAUUCCCAUUACUGCGCAGAUCCAGCCAAGUUCAUCUCUGUCCUGUGUACAUCACUCUCCACUAUGCUGCAUGUAGAAUUGCCACAUGUCAAUGUGCUCUCAAAAAUUGACCUCAUUGAGCAGUAUGGCAAACUUGCAUUCAAUUUGGACUUCUACACUGAAGUUCUUGACCUGUCGUAUUUGGUGGAGCACCUCGCCUCAGAUCCUUUCUUUAAGAAGUUCCACAACCUGAAUAAGAAGUUGGCUGAGGUGAUCCAGGACUACAGCCUGGUGUCUUUUGUACCUCUUGAUGUGCAGGAUAAGGAAAGCAUGAUGCAGGUUUUGCGAACUGUGGACAAAGCCAAUGGCUACUGCUUUGGGGACCUGGAAGAGAGAAACCUGCAGGCCAUGAUGUCUGCCGCUGUUGGGGCAGACUUCAAGUUUAGCACUGCCCUUGGAGUACAGGAGAGAUAUGUGGAUGCCAAUGAGAAAACUGUGGAGGAUGAAGUUAUGGAUUUGUGACCUUUUUAUGUGGAUUAAAACGUUUUUAAAAACUUA